AAAUAAAUCUGUACCGCUCUCGUUCCUGUGUCACUUCGUGCGUCGAAAGCUGGAAAAUAAAAACCAAAAACAGAAACAGCUGCGUCCCACGAACCCGUCUUCCCCCAACCUCCUCGAUCUUGAUCCCCUCCAUCUCGUGAGUCGUGACGCACCCACGAUCUCCCCUCUCUUCUGCACGAUCUAGCCAUGCGCACGGGGAGGGUGGUCAACAAGUGUCAGCGGAGGUGAGAGGUGCUCGUGGCGAUCUCCACCACCAGAAACCCCGAUCUCCACCACCAGAAACCCCGAUCUCCGGCAAUGUCGCUCCACCAGCGGCCGCACCAGAAGCCGCUGGGCGCCGACUCCCUCCCCGUCCCCACUGGCCCCACCAACGCCGCCCCACCCCGCCCCCUGCCCCUCCUCACGCUCCCCUACCUUUUCUCCCUUCUCGCGCUCCUCCUCCUACUCGCCCUCCUCUUCCCCUGGGGGCCGCCCCGCCACUCCGCGCCGGCUUCCCCGUGGCGCUCCUACACGCUCCAAGACGCCGCGGCCUCCGGCAACGGCACCAUCAUCCUCGCCGCCGUCUCCGGGCCAUACCUCCCCUUCCUCUCCAACUGGCUCAUCAGCGUCCGCCGCGCCGGCCGCGCUAACCAGGUGCUCGUCAUCGCCAAGGACUACGAGACCCUCGAGCGCAUCAAUGCCGCAUGGCCCGGCCACGCCGUCCUCGUGCCCCCCGCGCCCGACGCCCAGGCAGCUCACAAGUUCGGGUCGCAGGGGUUCUUUAACUUCACCUCGCGGCGGCCGCGACACCUGCUGCAGAUUCUCGAGCUGGGGUACAGCGUCAUGUACAAUGACGUUGACAUGGUGUGGCUUGCCGACCCGUUUCCAUAUCUCGUCGGCAAUCACGACGUCUACUUCAUGGACGAUAUGACUCAAGUGAAGCCACUAAAUCAUUCACAUGCGUUGCCGCCGCCAGGUAAGAAGGGGCGGCCAUACAUUUGCAGCUGUAUGAUCUUCCUGCAGCCAACAGAAGGGUCAAAGCUGUUGAUGAGGAAGUGGAUUGAGGAGCUCAAGGAACAGCCCUGGUCGAAGAAAGUGAAAUCAAAUGAUCAGCCAGCAUUCAACUGGGCUUUACUAAAGACUACCGGGCAGGGUGUUUGAGGGUUCUUAUUAUGAUGUGGAUUCAGAUGAACUCGGAAACAAAUAGCAUUGUUGUCAAAAUCAUAGGAUUCUUCAUCAAGCAAUGCAUCAGGAUCAGAUGAUUGGGUCGAACCUGCUGCAUAUGUUCUCAACUCAACAGCUCUUCUGACCAGGG